AUGAUAGAAAGUGACACCCGGUCCAAAAUGUCAGGAAUGAUCAGAAGCUCCGGGCACAGCCACCACCGCUCUCCACAGGAAUACAGGUUCCUGCCUCCCGCGGGUGAUGACGACCUCCCUGGGGACCUUCAGUCACUGUCAUGGCUCACAGCCGUGGACGUGCCUCGACUGCAGCAGAUGGCAAGUGGGAGGAUAGACCUGGGCAGCCCCGGAGUGCCACAUCCACACCCAGGUGCCAUGGCUGGGGUGGCAGACCUGCAUGUGGGUGCAGCCCCACGUCCCAUGCUCCGUAGCCAGACCGCGAUGGUCCCCAGAGGCAUGCUGGGCUUGAGCCCCAUAGGCAGCUACAGAGCCAGCGCCGAGCAGAUGAACCAGUUCCCCGUAGGAGGGCAGUCAUCAUCGGGCCUGCAGGAAAUGCCACAGCUGUACUCUCCAGCUACCCAAAUCCAGUUCCCUCUGCCUUCCGGGUCCCAGCAGUGUCCUCCCAGCAGCCUCUAUGGCUCUCCAUUCGCAGCCCGGCCUCCCUACCCGCAGGCCCACAUGACUGUGCAUUCACCUCAAGAGGCACACCCCAAACACUACCCCAAGCCCAUCUACUCCUACAGCUGUCUGAUCGCCAUGGCUUUGAAGAGUAGCAAGACAGGCAGCCUGCCCGUCAGUGAGAUCUACAGCUUCAUGAAGGAGCACUUCCCCUACUUCAAGACAGCACCUGACGGCUGGAAGAACUCAGUGAGACACAACCUAUCCCUGAACAAAUGCUUUGAGAAGGUGGAAACCAAGUCCAGUGGCUCCUCACGCAAGGGCUGCCUGUGGGCCCUGAACCUGGCUCGCAUCGACAAGAUGGAGGAGGAAAUGCACAAGUGGAAAAGGAAGGACCUCGCCGCCAUACACCGCAGCAUGGCCAACCCUGAGGAGUUAGACAAGCUCAUCUCAGACCGCCCAGAAAGCUGCCGGUGUCCUGGAAAACAAGGGGAGCCUGAGGUUCCAGUGCUGACCCGCGCCACGACGGUGGCCAUGACCCACAGCUGCCUGGCCAUCUCCCAACUCCCACCUAAGCCACUGAUGACCCUGUCCUUGCAGUCAGUCCCCCUGCACCACCAGGUCCAGCCCCAGGCACAUCUGGCCCCCGACUCCCCAGCACCGGCCCAGACCCCACCUCUUCAUGCCCUACCCAAUCUCAGCCCGGGGCCUCUCCCCCAGCCAGCCAUGGGCAGGGUUCCUGGGGACUUCCUCAACAUCAGCACUGACAUGAACACAGAGGUGGACGCCCUGGACCCCAGCAUCAUGGACUUCGCUCUACAGGGUAACCUGUGGGAAGAAAUGAAGGAGGAGAGCUUCAGCCUGGACACGCUGGGGGCCUUCGGAGACUCCCCACUUGGCUGUGACCUGGGAACCCCAAGCCUGACCCCUGUCUCUGGCAGCGGUGACCAGCCCUUUCCAGAUGUGCAGGUGACAGGUCUCUAUGCGGCCUAUUCCACUGCCACAGCAGACAGUGUGGCCCCAUCCGUGGUCAACUCUGCACAGUACCUGGGAACUCCGGGGAACAAACCCAUUGCUCUGCUUUGA